GUUGGCGUGGCUGGGUGUCAAGGGGAAAGACGCAGCCUGUGGCAACACUGGGAUAUACCUGGCAGCUCUCGUCUCCCAGUGAGGCCGCAUUGAGGUCAUAGCCAACCAACCCACCAGCCAGGCAGCCAGCCAGCGGCCAACCCUCACCGUCCCAACAGUCCGAGACCCAGUCCGACACGCUCAGUAUACCUCGAGACGUGACGUGGAGGUGAUGUGCGCCGCUCCGUGAGUGUGUUUGUGUGUGCGUGCGUGUUUGUGUGUCCCGUGGCCCUUCCCUUCUGUGUGGCCUCUCAGCUCACCUCACACACGCAGGAGGAAGUAACAGCCAGCGGCCAGUAGUCAGCCAGCACCAGCAGCCACCUGGACGCCCGCCAUCACAAGGCAUGUGAGCGAGAGAAGGAGAGCGGAGAAGAGGAGGGAGCAGCAGCCAGCCUCAGAGGGAGUGGAGGAGGAGGAGGAGGAAGAAGAGGAGGAGGAGGAGGAGGGAAAAGGAGACACAAUGGGGGAGGUAACCCUUGACCCAGCCUCCCUUGCCAGCUCCUACAGUGACAGCGGCUUCUCGUCCUCACAGGCGUCCAUCAGUAGUGACCUGGAGGGCGCGGCGGGCCUAGGCUCCUCACGGGCUGACCUGGUGGAAGGCGAGGAGGGCGAGGGCGGCAGCUGCGGGUGGCUGUGUCUGCGCCCCCGCUGGCUACAGCACACCCGCACCUCCAAGUGGGUGCUCUUCUGGCUGUGCUGGGCCGCCGCCGCGCAGGGCAUGGUAGUGAAUGGUUUCGUCAACGUGUGCAUCACUACAAUCGAGAAGAGAUUCAACCUUCGUUCCACAGACGCUGGUCUGAUAGCGGGAGCGUAUGACCUUGCCUCCCUGCUGUGCUCCGUGCCCGUGUCGUACCUCGGGUCGCGCCCCGGGAGCUGCAAACCGCGGUGGCUGGGCUGGGGGAUCUUCAUCAUGGGGGCGGGGUCCUUCCUCUUCGCCCUGCCCCACUUCCUCGUGCCACAUUACAACCCCAACAACAGCAACGCCUCCUCCAUACUGUAUUGCCUUCGCCAGGGCACGAGAGACAGCCAGUGCGGGGUGCUGGUGGAGAACUGGCUGUCCUCUUACCGCCAUGUGUUCGUCCUGGGCCAGUUCCUGCACGGUGUGGGAGCCUCGCCGCUCUACACACUGGGCGUCACCUACCUGGACGAGUCUGUACCUGUCAAGAUGUCCUCUGUCUACCUGGGGAUCUUCUACGCCAUGGCGGUGGUGGGCCCAGCGGCGGGUUACGUGCUGGGCGGUCAGUUCCUCACGGUGUACAUCAACGCUCCUGAGAUACUGCCAGAAAGGAACGGCAUCCAGAUAGACAGUGACCUCUGGCUGGGCGGCUGGUGGAUCGGCUUCCUGCUGGCUGGGUCACUAUGCAUGCUCAUCUCCUGGCCCAUCAUGGCCUUCCCUACUCAGCUGCCAGGUGCCAAGGCCAUCAAGGCGUCUCGAGUGUCUGAGGCCGUGGGUGCGGUAGAGGUGGCCGGCGGGUUUGGUCGACUGAAGGACUUGCCUCGUGCUGUGAAGGUUCUGGCACUCAACCCGACCUUUGUGGCCCUGUCCAUCGCCGGGGCCACCGAGGGGAUCCUGCUGGCGGGGUUUGCUACUUUCACGCCCAAGUUCCUGGAGAAUCAGUUUAGCAUGGCGGCGAGUUUUGCGGCUCUCAUUGUUGGGUUUGUGGCAGUGACAGCAGGUGGAGGUGGAACACUGCUGGGUGGGUGGAUCAUUAAGCGGCUCCACCUGUCCUGCUCAGGGAUACUCAAAAUGUGCAUCAUCUUCUCUGUGGUUUGUCUCCUCUCCUGCUUCACCUUCGUCAUCUCCUGCCCCAAUAUCAAGUUUGCUGGUGUCAAUGUGGACUACACCAAUAAGUCACUGGUACUGUCCAAGCCCAGUCUGAUCUCCAGCUGUAACGAGGAGUGUGGCUGCCAAGACGUCAACUACAAUCCCAUCUGUGGUGCCAACAACAUCAUGUACUUCUCCCCGUGUCACGCUGGCUGCAGCAACAUGGUGGAGGGCCAGGACGGGGUCAAGGUGUUCCAAGGAUGUAGGUGUGUGGCGCCCCCGUCCCCCACACUGCUACAGGGAGACGCUCGCCUGGCCCCUGAUGCUGCCCUACUGGAGAAAUGCCCCACCUCCUGCCUGCUGAUGCCCAUGUUCCUUGCCAUCUUCUUUGUCACCAUGCUCCUCACAUUCAUCAUCAGUCUGCCCGCUCUCUCUGGCACGCUCAGAUGUGUGCCAGCCUCCCACCGUUCCUUUGCGUUGGGGCUGCAGUGGAUAGUGAUCAGGCUCUUGGGGACUAUUCCUGGCCCUAUCUUGUUUGGUGCCUUGUUUGAUCACACCUGUGUCCUCUGGCAGUCCAAUUGUGGAAGGGAAGGCGCCUGCAAGAGCUAUGACAAUUUCUAUAUGAGCAGAUAUAUGAUGGCAAUCUCUGUGCUGUUCAAAUUCCUAUCCACCAUUCUGUACAUCAUAUCCUGGUGGCUGUACAAAUCCCCACCCCGCCAAGCCACCCGCCACUGCCAAAACGACCUCACCCUCUCCUCCCCCACCACACCCCCAUGCACCCCACGCAGUGACCCGAAGGACCUCCGGGGGGCCAGGGAGCUGCAGGGGAUCGACAACUUGGCCGCCGAUCUUACCUGAGAAAUAUGACGUCCAAAAUUAUUAUUGUUAUUUUUUUUAUGAAUGUCGUUGAAUAUUUUGAUGAAUUUUAUGAAGUGUUGAGUAUGUCGAGGUGUUUUUGUUUCUUUAUUUGUUGUCAUUUAGUGUGUGUGUAUUUUUAAACUCAUUAUUGUCGUCUAUUAAUAUUUGUUUUAUUGUGUAUUCUGUCCUUUUGUGUGUCUAUGUUUCCUUUUCCUUUGUUUUCUUCUUCCUCUUUGGUUUUGAUUAUAUAUUUGUGUAGAAUUUAUUAUAUCCAUCUUUGUCACUUUUUUUUUCUCUCUUUUUUACUGGUGAUGUUUGUGAUUCCUCUCUGUGUCUUUCUAUCUGUCUGUCUGUCUGUCUUUUAAUUAUCUCAUUUUUACCCCAAAUUUACAUUCAUAUUUACAACUAUCUCUUGUAUCUUACCUUUACAUUCUCUCUCUCUCUCUCUCUCUCUCUCUCUCUCUCUCUCUCUCUCUCUCUCUCUCUCUCUUCAUCACCAUCACCAGGUUUCAUUCAGGGCAGUGUGUGUGUGUGUGUGUGUGUGUGUGUGUGUGUGUGUGUGUGUGUGUGUGUGUGUGUGUAGUUAGAUUUGGUGUUUGUACUUAAUAUACUGUGAGAAAAUAUUGAUUGUUACUGAUCUGCAGAGGCUGGCAAGAAGAAAUUGUCUUAAUUGUUGAUUGAUAGCUUUAUUAUGAGGUUAAGGAAGAGAUAAAGAUAAUGAAUUUGUCAGAGAGAGAGAGAGAGAGAGAGAGAGAGAGAGAGUGUAUAUGUGAUGUUUAUAUAUAGUGAUGUCUGUGCAAUAUUUAAUUCUGUUCAAUUUUGAUAUCCUAACUUUGUAUAUAUCACCAUGGUAACACCUGCACACACACACACACACACACACACACACACACACACACACACACACACACACACACACACACACACACACACACACACACACACACA